CUAUAUCACUAAUUACAUUUAGCUUCAGUAACUUUUUAACCAACCCUGGUAGGGAGGGUGUUGGUCAUGGAAAAGCUAAUUAGGAGAAACUAUGUAUUGUUCAGGAUCACAGGAAAUUUUUCGGAGAAGAAAAUAGGGAACAAAGAGCCCUUCCUUGGGAUCAGACUUGGGUUGAAUCUUGUUACUUGACCAGUUUGGCUUGGACAAGUUACAACUGACUCAAGCCUAAGUUUCCUCAUCUGUAGAAGAGAAUGAUAAAUAUAUCCUGUAGGAUCAUUGUAGGGAUCUACACACAGAUAAUAUGUGUUAGAUGCCUGGUACUUGAUACGUGAGUGGCAACUCUAUUAAUUAGUAAUAACAAAGACCUUACUUUGAAGAACUUAUUCUAAAGAAUGGGGACAAAGUCAUGUCCAUAAGAUGGCCUGCUGAGGCCCCGCACUACUCAAGCCUCUCUGGAGGAAAGAAUCCAGCACCUAGAGCAGUGUCUGGCACAUAGUAGCUGCUCAAUAAAUAUUGGCCCUUAAAAUCACAGUCUAUCCUUAGUCUCCUAUUUAAUACAGAGUCCUACCCCUGCUUCCUCUGGACUCCUGAUUUCUCUUAAAGUACUCCCCCCCACCCCCAACAAUAGCACCUUUUAGCAUUUCAUGUAACUUAUUUAUUCAGUAAUGUUUUAUUUAUUGCUAGUUUCCUCCAUCCACUCCCACCCCCGUCUAGAUUAAGUCCCAUGAAAACAGGGACUUUUGUAAGUUUUCUGCACUUUUGCAUCUCCAACACCUAGAAUAGUGCCCAACUUAUAGCAGGUUAUUAAUAGACUAUCUCUUGCAUGAGUCGAAUGUGGCUGAGGGGCUAAAGCCCUGGAGGUGGAGUCAGAAGGUCUCUUGGGAUCAUCACUGAAUUCCCGUGUGGUCUUAAAGGUGUUUCCAGUCUCCUCUGGGCCUGUUUCUCCUCCGGGCUCUGACCGACUUGGUUUUUCAGCCACUGGUCAAGCCGGCCGGGAGGCGUCGCGCCCCCAGUGUCCGCCAGGGGGCAGUCCAACACAGGGCCGGCCCCGCCCACUUCCCGGCGGCCCGCGGUGGGUGGACCCACGAGCCCGCGGGUACAGAAGCGGAGUCCUGCCUGCGUCGGACUCAGUUGUCAAGCCGCCUGCCCGCCAGCCCUCAGAGCCUGGCCAUGUCCUGCUACAUCUACCAGCUGCCCUCCUGGGUGCUGGACGACCUGUGCCGCAACAUGGACACGCUGAGCGAGUGGGACUGGAUGCAGUUCGCCUCCUACGUGAUCACAGACCUGACCCAGCUGCGGAAGAUCAAGUCCAUGGAGCGGGCCCAGGGUGUGAGCAUCACACGAGAGCUACUGUGGUGGUGGGGCAUGCGGCAGGCCACCGUCCAGCAGCUGUUGGACCUCCUGUGCCACCUGGAGCUCUACCGUGCUGCCCAGAUCAUCCUCAACUGGAAACCAGUUCUUGAAGUCAAGUCUUCCAUCCCAGACUUCUCGGACACUGUGAAGCCAGGAAAGCCUUUGGCAGCUUCUGUGAGAAACACUGAGGAUAAGCAAGAAACGGGGCAGCCUGUGAGGCCACCCACCUCUCCAGGCUCAGGACCUGCUGCAGCCAGAGUCAACCUCUCAGCCUCUCCUGAACAUGCCUCUUCUUCCUUAAAAACCAACCAGACUGCCUCAGCUGAUUCAAAGUGGUAUAAAGAUGAACAUGAUCCAAGUUGGAUUAAAAAUUUCAACAUUUUCUUCAAGGAUUUCAGUGCCUCCAUUCCUAAGCAAGAGACACUUUCAAGCCUGGCUGGAGAUGACCUUUUCUGGAGUGAGGUAGAUGUGAUCCAGGCAACUGAUAAUUUCAACCCAAGCCAUAAAAUCAGUGAGGGGACCUUUGCCGACGUCUACAGAGGGCAAAAGCAUGGCACACCGUUUAUCUUCAAGAAGCUCAGAGAGAUGGCCUGUUCAGGUCCAGGAUCAAUGGAAAAAUUCUUCCAGGCAGAGAUACAAAUUUGUCGUAGAUGCUGCCACCCCAACGUCUUACCUCUGCUGGGCUGCUGCACUGGAGAACAGUUUUACAGCUUGAUUUACCCAUACAUGGCAAAUGGUUCUUUACAGGACAGACUCCAGGGUCAGGGUGGCUCAGACCCUCUCCCCUGGCCCCAGCGCAUCAGCAUCUGCUCAGGGCUGCUUCAUGCCGUGGAUCACCUGCACAGCUUGGAGAUCAUCCACGGCAAUGUCAAGAGCUCCAAUGUUUUGCUAGACCAAAACUUCACCCCCAAGCUGGCUCAUUCGAUGGCUUACCCGUGUCCUGUCAACAGAACAUCAAAAUACACCAUGAUGAAGACCCACCUUUUCCAGGCCUCCACUGCAUAUCUUCCGGAAGAUUUCAUCAGAGUGGGGCAGCUGACAAAGCGAGUGGACAUAUUCAGCUGUGGAAUAGUGUUAGCCGAGGUCCUCACAGGCAUCCCUGCGAUGGAUAACAACCGGAACCCGGUUUACUUGAAGGAUUUACUGCUCCAUGAAAUUCCCAGCAGCAUCACAUCGCUCUGCUCCAGGAAGAUGGGUGUGGAGAAAGAGAUGGCAAAGGAGAUCUGCCAGAAAUACCUGGAGAAGAGAGCAGGAAGGCUGCCGGAGGCCCACGCCGAGGCCUUGGUCAUGGCCGCCUGCCUCUGUCUGCGGAGGCGCAACGCCAGCCUGGCAGAGGUGUGUAGCUCCGUGGCCGCUGUGGAAGAGCAGUUGAGAGGUCAGGAGACCUCGCUCCCGUGUAGUGGGCUUUCUGAGGGCACAGGGUCUUCCUCCAACACCCCAGAAGAAACAGAUGACGUGGACAAUUCCAGCUUCGAUGCCUCCUACUCCAUGAGGGCUGCACCCUGGGCUGGGACUGCCUCCUUGCCUCCCCUGACAGUGGAUGAGGAAGGCAUGCUGCUUGCUGGUGGAGCAGUGGAAGCUGACUCCUCUGCUGAGGCCUGUGCCCCUCCAGAGCCUCCCCAGGAUGUUGCUUUUCUUUACAUUGAAUGUCAGCUACAGAGACCUCGUGGAAAAUCGAGAUCAAUGAGGCCAAAAGGAAACUCAUGGAGAAUAUCCUGCUUUACAAAGAAGAGAAACUGGAUAGCAUUGAGCUUUUUGGCCCCUGAUGACUUGAACACAGCUGAGGACCCUCGUCCUCCAUUAGAAAGAUGAACAUCAGAUCAAGAAAAAGAUCUAAGGAAGAAUCGCGAUCUCCCAGGAAACACCAAACAUCAGCUUCCCUUGGGUCAGGCGAAGAGACACUUGCACUUUUCCAGAGUGAGUCAGGGGAGAUAGGACUCAGCUUUCCAAGACACACAAAUCCAUGCAGUCCUCUUCCUUUCUGGGAUUUGUCAAUAAGAGCUCUGGGUUAUCAGGCCACUAAAGUGGAAACCCUGGUACAUGAGCCCAGGAUGUGGGCAAUUUUGUGGUUCUGGGGAGUAUGUGAUGAUAACCACCCCCGCAGAUGCCGUUUCCUGGCUCUCACCCUCGACAACCACUGGAGCAUUCUGAGUGCUGAUGGCACUUUCCGAAGCUAAGCUCUCUAGGUCAUAUUUGCCACCAGCUGCCUGCAAACUUCCGUGACCUCAAAGACUUUCAACUUGCGCCCCAGUUCACAGUUCUUCACUCCUUCCUCAAGGUCUCAAGUUUUACACAAGCCAGACACUUGGCAGAAGGCUCUGGAGAUUUCCCUGUUUUCUCUUUUGGAAAUCUUGCAACUCACAGAUAUUUAUUUAAUGCUUACUCUGCACCUUUAUUUUCCCACCCCACUAACGCUAAUAAUUUAAAUGGAGCUGUUAUUUAGAGAGUAUGUGUUAUUUAUGGCUGGAUGAAGAACCAGAGGAACUAGUUUCAUGAUUGAUUCUGCUGCUAAUUAAGUCUAGCAUUUAAUUUCUGAGACCUCAGUUUCCUUGUAAGUAACAUGCAUUCAUUCAUUCUCCCUCCCUGGGCUGUUGGGGAGGAAGAGGUAGAGACAUGGCUACAGAAAUACUUGGAAAAUGCACAUCUUGUUUUAUUAAAUAAAUUUUUAAAAAGGA